GUUUAGUCAGUAGUUUUAGCUAACUAUUUGGACUGUUUAGUCUAUCAUUAUAACUAACCAUUUCAGUUGAUUAUGAAUUACUUAGCUACCUGUUUAAAAUGCCAGUGUUCAGAGCUGAUCUUAUUUCACUGAAAUAAUUAUUUCUAUUCUUUCAAAUUCUGCUCCACAAUCUUUCCAAGUGUAAGGUAUUUUAUUGUGUAAAUUCUCAGUUGAACCUUACACAAGUAACGUUACCCCCGGGGAACAAGUACCCUUGGUUGGGAAUCACCGUCUAAUGUCAUGCACCUUGUUUUAUUACUUUUGGAGGCUGCAGUUGAAAAUGUUUUUGUUCCCUCUGUGUCCAAUGGAGGGCAGCAGCGAGGAGGUGCUGGUUGUUGAUGCUGAGGAAGCAGCUCCUCCACUUCUGCAUCUGAGAGGAGGAGGAGGAGGCGGGAGGAGAGACAAGCUCCGACUUCCUGUGUGAUCUCCGUUCAGCUGAAUUCAGCCUGGCUGCUUCUCCGGGAGUCUUGUGGCUUUACUGACCGGGCAGGAGGGAGGCUUCUGUGGGUCGUGUAUGGCUCGGAGAGACGCCUGGGAGCUCUGUGCAUCACCAGCAUCAGCAGAAACGUUAGCAGCAGUAGCAGCGACGGCGUCGGCCAUACAUGUGGAUUGUUUUGGGUCAACCCGUUCCUGCUUCCCCGCCUCCCUGCGACUCCCGAGCGGCCGCCUCUGCUCCGCAGCGUCGCCUCAGAUAGCGUGAGUGGAGCCGGGCUGCUGGCCCCUGGUGCUCGCCCCCGGCCUUCAUCACCAUCACCCGCCGCUUGUGUGUCUGCUAGAGAGCUACGAGAAGGCUGCUACAAGCUGCUACAGCUACAAGUCCCGCAGGAAGUCCGGAGGAAGGAGAGGAGGAGGAGGAGGAGAAGGAGGAGGAGGAGCGGGGCGCAAGCAUCGCACCGUGCAUGGUGCUGCGGUGUCGGAGGGAGUUGAUGAGCAGCCGGAGCUGACCCAGAGAUGGCUGUCCUCAAACUGGCCGACCAGCCUCCUCUCAUCCAGGCGAUCUUCAGCGGAGACCCUGAAGAGAUUCGUAUGCUCAUAUAUAAGUCUGAAGAUAUCAAUGCUCUGGAUGCAGAGAAGCGCACCCCGCUGCAUGCAGCGGCCUUCCUGGGCGAUGCCGAGAUCACAGAGCUCCUCAUCCUCUCUGGGGCUCGGGUCAACGCCAAAGAUAAUAUGUGGCUCACCCCCCUCCAUCGUGCUGUGGCAUCUCGGAGCGAGGAGGCAGUGCGCGUUUUGAUCCGCCACUCGGCCGAUGUGAACGCGCGGGACAAGAACUGGCAGACGCCGCUGCACGUGGCUGCAGCCAAUAAUGCGCUGCGAUGCGCUGAGGUCAUCAUCCCGCUGCUGAGUAGCGUCAACGUGUCGGACCGCGGCGGACGUACCGCCCUGCAUCACGCUGCCCUCAAUGGCCACACUGAGGUACUGCAGACACAAACGGACUUCUUGUUUUGUCAUUUAAAUGUUACAAUUUUCUGCAGCACUGAACGCAGAUCAGCUACACACUGGAACACAUACUCCACAUACCAACACUUAUUAUGGAUCUAUUCACAAGCUCAACACACACACACACGUACACAUUGUAUAAAAAACACUGACACACACACACACACACACAUCUUUUCUCGGCCAAAUAAAACCGGUCUUGUUUCACUCUGACAACAGAUAGACGAGUCCAAUGCAUUUGGGAACACGGCGCUCCACGUGGCCUGUUUUAAUGGGCAGGACGCCGUCGUCAGUGAGCUAAUCGAUUACGGCGCCAACGUCAGCCAGGCUAACAACAAGGGCUUCACCCCGCUGCACUUUGCUGCCGCCUCCACACAUGGAGCACUCUGUCUGGAGUUCCUGGUCAACAACGGGGCGGAUGUCAACGUACAGAGUCGUGACGGGAAGAGUCCUCUUCACAUGACGGCAGUUCACGGACGCUUUACUCGCUCCCAGACCCUCAUCCAGAAUGGUGGGGAGAUUGACAGUGUGGACAAGGACGGCAACACCCCUCUCCACAUUGCUGCCCGUUACGGUCAUGAACUCCUCAUCAACACGCUUAUCACCAGCGGAGCAGACUGCACAAAACGAGGAGUCCAUGACAUGUUCCCUCUCCACCUGGCUGCCUUGAACGCUCACUCUGACUGCUGCAGGAAGCUGCUCUCCUCAGGCUUCCAGAUAGACACUCCUGACAGCCUGGGGAGGACCUGCCUGCACGCUGCUGCUGCCGGAGGUAAUGUGGAGUGUGUCAAGCUACUUCUGAGCAGCGGUGGAGACCACAACAGGAGGGAUAAGUGCGGCAGGACCCCCCUCCACUACGCAGCCGCCAGCCGUCACUAUCAGUGUCUGGAGACUCUGGUUGCUUGUGGCACCGCCAUCAACGCCACCGACCAGUGGGGGCGCUCGGCGCUGCACUAUGCCGCUGCCUCGGACCUGGACAGGAGGCGCCGUGUUGCUCUGGAGCCAGAGAGUGAUGGAGUUCAGGCGGAGAGGGAGAAAGAGGCCGCGCUAUGUUUAGAGUUCCUGCUGCAGAGCGGAGCGACCGCCUCGCUGAAAGACAAACAGGGCUACAGUCCCGUCCACUACGCUGCGGCCUACGGACACAGGCACUGUCUGGAGCUGCUGCUGGACCGAGACGACAGUCACCAAGACGACCCUGAAUCUCCGAACCCUCGGAGCCCGCUGCACCUCGCUGCGUACCACGGCCACGCUCAGGCCCUGGAGGUGCUACUGCAGGGGGAGAGGGAGGUGGACCAGGGAGACGAGGUGGGGAGGACCCCCCUGGCCCUGGCCGCCCUCCGGGGCCACACUGAAUGCGUUCACACCCUGCUCGGCCAGGGGGCGUCGCCACGCGCCACGGACACCCAGUACGGACGCAACCCCGUCCACCUGGCAGUGAUGAACGGUCAUACGACGUGUGUGCGCCUUCUGCUGGAUGACUCGGACAGUGCCGACCUGGUAGAUGCUGGUGACUCUCAGGGACAGACUCCUCUGAUGCUGGCGGUGGCGGGAGGACACGUGGACGCCGUGUCGCUGCUGCUGGAGCGGGAAGCCAACGUGAACCUGGCGAGUAAGCACGGCCUCACUGCACUGCACCUCGGGCUGCUGUGUGGUCAAGAGGAGUGUAUCCAGUGUCUGUUGGAGCAAGAAGCUUCCAUUUUGCUGGGUGACUCUCGGGGUCGUACCGCCAUCCACCUGGCCGCCGCCCGCGGUCACGCCUCGUGGCUCUGCGAGCUGCUGAGCAUCGCCGGCUCCGAGCCACCGGCCCUCCCCCCGCUGAGGGACAACAGCGGCUACACACCGCUGCACUGGGCCUGCUACUACGGUCAUGAGGGGUGUGUGGAGGUUCUGCUGGAGCAGAAAGGUUGCCGCUGUAUUGAUGGGAACCCGUUCACCCCUCUGCACUGCGCUGUGGUGAAUAAUCACGAGCCGUGUGCAUCGCUGCUGCUGGAGGCGAUGGGUUCGGACAUCGCUGGCUGCAAAGACGCCAAGGACAGGACUCCUCUUCAUGCUGCAGCGUUCUCGGGCCACGUCGACUGCGUCCAGCUGCUCCUGUCUCACGAUGCGCCUGUCGAUACUGUGGACCAAUCGGGUCGCGACGCACUGAUGAUGGCGGCUGAGAAGGGCAGAGCCGGAGCCCUCGAGGUGCUGUUGACCAGCACCAGUGCCAACCUCAGUCUGAGGGACAAAGACGGCAACACCGCCCUGCAUCUAGCCUGCAGUAACGGAAAGGAAGACUGUGUGAUGUUGAUCCUGGAGAAGCUGUCGGACGCGGCCCUCAUAAACGCCACAAAUGCAGCGCUGCAAACCCCUCUCCACCUGGCGGCUCGUAGCGGUCUGAAGAAGGCGGUCCAGGAGCUGCUGUCCCGAGGAGCAAACGUUCAGACGGUGGAUGAGAACGGUAGGGUGGACCUGGUUCCCCCCCCAGGUGCUUUAUAGGCCCUAGCUGCAUGCCGUGGUCGUUGGUCAGCGUGAAUGUUUUCAUCCUUUCCAGCAUGAAGUUGACUAAUGAAUGAUUUAAAACCAAAAUAAAAAAAACAAUUCCAUGUGUGCUGCAAAUGAAUAUCUUUAAAAGGGGGUUCCCGCUAGUCAUGGAGUUUGUGGAAUAUUAUGGCAUUUAGACGAGAGAGUCCAGGAUUUUACAAAUGACACACUUCUACACCCCUUUCACCCUUUAAAGAAAACACUUUUGGGCGACAGUAGAGAGAGAUGACAGGAAAUGAAGGAAGAGAGAGAGAGAGAGAGUGAUUAGAAAUACUUAAAUCAGCAUUCCCCUGAUUUAGCACUCAACUUCUCUAACAGUGUCAGACUCAUGAUAGACACUUUGAAAUGACUAUAAAUAUAAUAAUUGAUGAAGCAGAACUAAAAAAAAAAAAAACCUUUUAUAUUCCACACCUACUUCCUUGUCAAAACCUGGCGCCUACAUUACCCACAAUGCAACUUAACCACUGACAAUUCAUUCAGAGAUUCUUACUUACUCCACACGCUCACGUUUUCUUUCUCUCUCCUCACACAGCUCCCUCUGGAGACACUAAGACUUCCCCAAGACCUGUAAACAAACUUUAAUGUGUAAAAUAAUUCAGGCGGUGGGUCUUUUAAGGGUUGUUGUCAGUGGGCCUGUGCAAAAUAACAUCUUUUCAAAAUCUGACUAAAUUAUAAGAGUGUUUUACCUCUGGCUGGAGUGGGAACCCUGAUUUAAACUGUAUACAAGCUGCUUCUUUGCUUUUUAUUGUAUUGAUGUAUUUGUUGUGUAGUGAAAGACGUCCGCUGUGGUUGUCUCUGUGUGCUAUUUCAGUGUACCCCCUUCAUGUCAGUGUACCCCCUUCAUGUCAGUGUACCCCCUUCAUGUCAGUGUACCCCCUUCAUGUCAGUGUACCCCCUUCAUGUCUGUGUACUGUGUCAGCUGGCUGAACACUAAUGGAAUGCUGCUCCGUCCCUCCUUUGUCUUCUUGCUCCUGUUUCUGCUUUGCCUUCCUUGCUUCCUCCACGUCUACGUCUCGCUCUCCUCCUCUUCCUUCUUUCUAUCUGCCC